UUUUAUUGUGAAGACGGCACGCUUGACUUCCGCAUGUAAAGGGUUAUAGUUGUAAUUUUGUUAACGGAUCUAACCUGCUGAAGAGGAGGAACACUAUCAUCUGAGGACGAACAUGGAAUAAACAUGGCCCACAAUAGAGGACAUUUCUUGGACGCUCUGGAAAGAUCCGAGGCUCGUCCUGAUGGUGGUUUCAAGCGCAAUGGAAGCUUCUGUCAGUCUGGAGACAGCGAGGAAGAAGAGAAACAUAAUCUUUUCAGGACCAAUGUGGAGAGCACGCAGGACACGGACAAACAAAUUUGUGCAUCCUCGAAUGUGAAAAAGUGUCCCUCUUUGAAGCGCUGGACUCCAGGGGAACCCCUGAGGACUUAUAAAAACCGCUCCAGCAGUCACAUGAGGUCUCAUUCUCCCAAAAGGCUCAGUACAGCGACGUCCCCCCCCAUGCCCAGCAGAACCAACUAUUUCAUCUUCAGCCCCGCCACUUCACAAGGAGUGGUCCUGCAGGGGCGCCACUUUCAGCACGCACAAAUGAACUCUGCCACAAGGAAACCUGUCCAAAGCAGUCUGGAUGUGACACAAAGGAACAACUUGACCUCCACGCCGCAGGCACUUGAAGUGGACAACAUCGUGCUCACCUGUCCUGACACGGCAGGAGGCGAGAGCUUGAACAUCAAACGUCGCGUCCAACAAAGGAGGAAACCGUUGGAGAGCUCUAUAGGUUUCCCUUCCCAGGUGGAAGACAACCAGACGUUGAGCACCUACCAAACCGUGUGUGGAAAGUGCAGCAUGCCGUGUGAAGACGGCACUAAGUGUCACAAGUGCGGCAACAGUCCGGCUUGUCUGCCCUGUCAGCAGGGGACGCUGUCUUUGCCGUACCCCCGACCACCAAUCCGAUCUCGACCCCCCUCCGCGCCCAGCAGCGGCCUGCAACAAAACUUCUACAAACCAUCGGCUUGCAGCAACAGACCUGUUCGGGCUGCCAGCGUCAACGGCCCAACUCCUCGGUCUGCCGCCACUUCCGGCUGCUACGACGUAUGGAACCCACCCGGACGGAGGCGGAAGAGUGCAGCCCAGCACGACCUAGAUGAUCCCAUUGUCUUGUCCAGCGAUGACGAGAUGGACAACGCUAGCACAGGAAGUGUGAACAGGCUUGACAGCAUCUCCCCGCAACCUGCAGACUCGGCACACUCUUCUCCUGCACCCUCUUGUGGCAGAGUGGAGGCGGCUGUAAAAAGCUGCAGCGAGCAGGAGGAGCUCAGUGCCGAGUUCUUCGAAGACGUCAACCUGAAGAUCAUGAUACCACGAGGACCCAUUAUAAAAGACCAGUUGCAGACGCAGCUGUGUUCUCCCAGAAGCAAGCGCUCUAAAGUGGAGUCCAGCAAGUGUGACAGCAUCAUCCUGCAGUGUCGCAGUGUACGAGUGGGAACGCUGCGUAGGAUGGUGAAGAAGCCUGUCAUCUUUUCUGUGGAGCGCAUUCAGCUUGAAAUGGAAGGAGCCGAGCAGGACACUACAGAGAAGGUGGACCUUCAGGCCUCGGAGCUGAUCAGCUGUGAAUGGUGCAGCGUACGCAAGCUUCCCGUCUUAUUCUUCCAGACCACAUCUGAGGAGUGCGCCCGCCUUCGCACACAGCUCAACAUGUCGCAGGAGUGCGGCGGCCAGUGGUACGACUGUGCCGGAGAACACUGUGACGAGAAGUACAUUGUCCUCAUCUUUGUGGACGGCCUGGAGAUGAAGGAGCAGAUGAUCCUGGAAGAAAUCUUGGGCGAGAUUGGUAGGAAAAACAACUGCAGCAAUUUCCCCGGGAAGCUGCCCUUUGAGGAGGCCAACACUCGCCUGGUCAACUUCAACAAGACAUCCAAGCAGAAGGAGUUAAAGGUUGUCCAAUAUCAACAGGUCAGCCGGAUGUGUCUUCCGGCGCCCACCCACGUGGCCUUCCGUACGCGUACGGCCGCCCGCCGACAAAGUAGCACCUUUUUUGACGAUGAAGACGAGGACAUGGCCGACCUCCAGCCCACUUUUUCUGGGUUGGUGGUGAAGCUGAUGGUGUACCCCCCACCCCCUGCCAAAGGAGGCAUAUCGGUGACGAACGAGGACCUCCACUGCCUCAGCGAUGGGGAAUUCCUCAACGAUGUUAUCAUCGACUUUUAUUUAAAAUAUUUAGUUCUGGAAAAGUUGAAAAAGGAAGACGCUCAAAGAAUCCACGUGUUCAGCUCCUUCUUUUACAAGCGACUGAACCAGAGGGAGAGAAGGAACCUUCCAGAAACUACCAGCCUUCCGAUCCACAAGAGACGGCACAACAGGGUGAAGACGUGGACACGACAUGUAGAUCUGUUCCAGAAGGACUUCAUCUUUGUUCCCAUCAACGAGUCGUCGCACUGGUACCUGGCAGUCAUAUGCUUCCCUGGCGUUAACCCUCCACUGCACGAGCCUGGCUCCGCCACCCCCACUAGUAACCGGCAAUUAGAGGACGUACCGGAUCACUGCUGUCCGCUGUCCCCAAACACUGAUUUGCUAGACGGGCAAUCGGAGGACUCUCGCUCUGAUGUCCUAUUCCCACUCGACAAGCAAGCGGUGUCUGGGGUUUCCAGCACUGCCCCCAAGGGGCCUGAACCACAAUACCUCAGUGAGUUGCACAGAAUCAGUGUUAGUUACACAGGCGAGCACGCUUCCACCUGCUCUGAUGACCAAAGCUCCAGUCAGGAUGAGUGCAGUGAUGACGGCACGCCAACAGAAGACGCCCUCGCCGCCAACCCCUCCUCGCCUUUAAAAGCCGACUUGUGCAAACAACCUUGUAUCCUGAUUAUGGACUCCCUGCGUGGUCCUACUCGCUCCACAGUGGUCAGAACUCUACGAGAGUACUUGCAGGUGGAGUGGGAGGCGCGCAAAGGCAGCCAUCGCUCGUUUGGGAAGGACGUAAUGAAGGGUUCCAGUCCUCGUGUACCUCAGCAGGACAACUUCAGUGACUGUGGCGUUUACAUCCUGCAGUAUGUGGAGAGCUUCUUCCAGAAUCCCAUUGCUAGCUUCCAUCUACCCAUCAACCUGUUGGACUGGUUCCCUCAGCAGAGGAUGAAGACCAAGCGUGAGGAGAUCAGGAGUCUGAUCUUACACAUCCAAGAACGACAGGAAGUGGACAAGAAGGAGUUGGAUGCUUUGUCCGCUUCCUCUGAAGAGCCGGAAAUUAAAGAGACUGAUGGAUCUCCUGGUGGAACUGUUGAUGGUCAAACACACUUUCCUGUAACCCCCUGAACUUUGUUGGACUGAAUGCUGCUGAGAUGCUGCUGCACUCAAUCCAUUCUCCACCUUUAACUCUUUCCAAUAAACGUCAAGUGCAAAUAUGUCCUCCUGCCUUUUCCUCACGUCACCUGUUUUCACAAGAAAAGUCUUUACUCUGUCUGUGUUUGUGUCCGUGUGUGUGUCUGUGUAAGUGCCUGUCUUGCGAGCGUGCCUGCGUUUUGCAAGAGUGCAGUGUUAUUAAAAGUAUGCAAAAAUA